AUGAAGUUUAAUAAUCUUGAAGAGGGCCUUGAAUUUUAUAAAAGAUACGCAUUUGCUGCUGGAUUCAACACAAGAAAAUCUACAACUAAAAGGCAAAGAAGAAGCAAAGAAUUGAAAUCACAGUAUAUCUUAUGCAAUAAAGAAGGAUACAAAGAGAAAAGAAAGCCUACUGUUGAAAAAGAUUUAAAUAACAACGAAGGAGAAAGCAAUGAAGAAAAAACUUCAAUCAAAAGGAAGAGACUCGUUACUCGUGUUGGGUGCAAGGCACAUAUUAUCAUAAAGCAUUGUGAUGAUAACAAAUUCAUAGUGUCACAAUUUCAUGAGGGACAUACUCAUCUACUUUAUACACCUAGUUGCAAUCUCUUCCAAAAAGAAGGAAGAAAAAUGAACAUAUUGCACAAAAAAAUAAUUGUGAAUAAUUCUAAGGUGAAUAUUGGUCCUGUUACAACUUUUCGAAUGAUGAAGGAAAUUGUUGGAGGAUAUGAUAACAUCGGUGCAUCUAAGAAAGAUUUCAAAAAUUUUCAUAGAGAUUUGAAAGCAUACAUUCAAGGAAGUGAUGCUCAAAUGUUCGUGGAUAACUUUACCAACAAAAAGUUAAUGUGGAGCGCUUUUUUCUUUGAUUUUGAGAUGGAUGAUGAUUAUUGCCUUUGUAGAGCAUUAUGGGCUGAUCCCCUUUGUAAAAAGAGUUACGCUCUAUUUGGUGAUAUGGUAUCCUUUGAUACCACAUACCAAACCAAUAGGUACAACAUGGUGUUUACUCCAUUUACAGGGAUUGACCAUCAUAAGAGCUGCCUUACUUUUGCUGCUGGUUUCAUAGCAAAGGAAGAUAUAGUGUCAUUUGAGUGGUUGUUCAGAUCAUUUCUCAAGGCAAUGGGUGGAAAUGAACCGAAUUGUAUGAUUACAGAUCAAGAUCCAGCAAUGAAAAUUGCUGUUAAAAGUGUGUUUAACAAGACUGAACAUCGCUUCUGUAUGUGGCACAUAAUGAAAAAGUUACCAAAUAAGGUGGAGAAAUCAAUCAUGCAAGAAGAAACUGAUUUCCUAAAAAAAUUAAUGCUUGUGUUUGGCAUCUAG